UCAGACAGGGCUUAAGAAUGAAAGUCACUAAAGAUGGUGGUUCAAGAAGGGAUGGGGAUCUCGGUGACUGACAAUGAUAGGCAUGGAAGGGGGAAGGAGGUGCCGCCACUAUUACUUCUCUCCGCUCCGUUAUAUUAAGUGACGCGGUGGAUUGUUAUUAGUAGAUGCAGAGUUUUGGCGAAGACUCUGGAUCUCCUGCUGUCCUCCACACUUCACUAGCGUCUAUCAAAAGCAGAUAACAAGACUGCGAACAAAUACAGUUGAGAAUUGAGAGUGAAGAUGGAGACAUCAGUAGCAGUUCCUCAUGUGCUCCUCUGCCCGCUCCCCGUGCAGGGCCACAUAAACCCCAUGAUUAAGUUAUCAGAACUCCUCUCACUUGCUGGAUUUCACGUCACAUUCCUCACCUCCGAGCACAUCCACCGCCGUCUCCUCCGCUUUACCAACCUCAACUCUUCUCGCUUCGCCCGUUGUCCCGGAUUCCACUUUGCAACUAUCCCAGAUGGUCUUCCAUUUGAUCACCCCCGCUCAGGUCCGCAACUCGUGGAAUUGUUCGACUCCUUAAAGCUCACGUCCAUCCCUCUUUUACGAGAGAUGCUCGUUUCCAAUCGAUGGGGAUCUGACGUCCGGCCGCCUGUAACAUGUAUCAUAGCAGAUGGUCUCCUGUCAUUCACAAUUGAUGUGGCUGAAGAGCUUAACAUACCGAUUAUAUCUUUCCGUACAACCAGCGCUUGCAGCUUCUGGGCAUAUUUCUGUAUUCCGAAACUCGUUGAAGCAGGCGAACUUCCUUUCGGAGGAGAUGCCGACAUGGACUGUCCGGUAACGUGCGUGCCGGGGAUGGAAAGCUUUCUCCGACGGCGAGACCUCCCGAGUUUUUGUCGAACCAACAACUUGGGUGAACGUCCUUUCCAAUUCCUUGUCACAGAGAACCUUAACGCGACUCGAGCAUCUGCUCUCAUACUAAACACAUAUGAAGACCUAGAAGGACCUAUCCUCUCUCGAAUUCGUUCUCAUUGUCCGAAGCUGUAUACAAUCGGACCUCUCCAUGCGCUAUUGAAAUCCCAGCUUGCAGAUUCCUCACAUUCCGUUUCGUCCAGUAGUAGUCUCUGGGAAGAGAACAAAAGUUGCAUAACUUGGCUUGAUUCAAAAGCUUUGAGAUCGGUGGUGUAUGUAAGCUUUGGAAGUUUAGCUACGAUGACCAGAGACGAAGUAUUGGAGUUCUGGCACGGUUUGGUAAACAGCGGAAAGCCGUUCUUAUGGGUCAUAAGGUCAGACUUGUUAUCAGUAAAAGAAGGGGAGGAUGAGAUCCUGACAGAAUUGGUAAAGGGGACGAGGGAGAGAGGGUACAUAGUGGGAUGGGCUCCCCAGGAAGAGGUCUUGGCUCACCCGGCCGUCGGUGGCUUUCUCACCCAUAGUGGGUGGAAUUCGACUCUGGAGAGUGUUUACGCUGGAGUGCCAAUGAUUUGUUGGCCCAAAUUAGCGGAUCAGCAGGUGAACAGCAGAUUUGUCAGCGAGAUGUGGAGGUUGGGCCUUGAUAUGAAGGAUACUUGCGACAGAUUGAAGGUGGAAUUAAUGGUGAAAGAAGUGAUGGAGCAGAAAAGGGACGAAAUGAUGAAAUCGGCGGAAAAUAUGGCGAAGUUAGCAAGGAUGUCUGUCAGCGAAGGAGGUUCCUCUUCCUGCAACUUUGACAAACUGAUCCAAGAUAUAAAAUCGAUGUGCCUCGGAGCAUCUUAAGCAUAACUCAGAGUUGUGUUUGCAAAGGAAUUUACCUUAAUGUUUGUAUUACUGGUUUAGAUCAUGCGUGUGACUUCCGUGUUUUGGUUGAUUUCCUUCCCUUCCGAUCAUUAAUUUUAAAAUGUUUAACA